UUUUCCUGUUGAGUAAGAAACUCGGAGAGUCGGAGGACACAAAUAGCUGGGAGAGUGGGCUGAGAGGUUCCCGAGAAAACCAUUUCCCGACAAUUCCCCAACAUUUUCUUGCCGGAUAAUGGAGCCAGAACUCCGGGAGAAAAUAGAGGAUACGGUGCUGGAGAUCCUGAAAAGCGCUGACAUGGCGACCAUAACGGAGUACAAGGUCCGCAAAAUGGCGUCGGAGCAGCUCGGCGUCGACCUCUCGGAGAAGGAGCGUAAGCGCUUCGUCAGGCAGGUAGUGGAGGCGUUCAUCAAGGAAUGCCAGUCCAAGGCGGAGGCCGAGCUGGAGAAUGCGAAAGGAGAAGGAGAAGCGGAGGAGGAGGAAGAGGAGGAGGAUCGGCCGAAGAGAGUUGGUGAGAAGGAGUACGAUGACGACGGGGAUCUCAUUAUUUGCAGGAUAUCGGAUAGGAGAAGGGUGACUAUUCAAGAUUUCAGAGGGAAAACUUUGGUCUCCAUAAGGGAAUACUUUAAAAAGGAUGGCAGAGAGUGUCCUUCUUCCAAAGGCAUAAGCUUGACAGCUGAACAAUGGACAACCUUCAAGAAAAAUGUUCCUGCCAUAGAGGAAGCAAUCAGGAAGAUGGAGGCAAGGUUGAUGUGAGAUCGUUGCUCGAGCUUUUUGAUGCCCUCCAUGGCUGCAGUUCAGUGCUUUGGCUCUGGUUCUUUUUGGGGAUAGGUUUUACCGUGGUAGUUGCUCAAUGCCUGAUCCCUCCUGAAGAUUUUGGUGUAGACUUUUGCGUCACUGCUGUGGUGGUUUGGAUCAGUGCUUAACACAAGUGUUGUAGGUUUGGACCUUCUCUGCUCAAUGCAAUAUAUAUAUAUAUAUAUAUAUAUAUAUAUAUAUAUGCUUUUAUAUAAUAUAAUUUUCAAUUUGUGUAUUUUAUUUCAUUAGUGUUAUAAGAUCA